GAUCCUGCGUGAUUCAGCAUUGUUUGGCAAUGGUAAUGAAGCAAUUUUACAAUGCAUAGUAUUAUUAAUACCUACCUAGAACCGCGGGGAACUUCCAACUUCAACCCGACCUUUGUUUACUUUUGUUGAUUCCUCACCAUAAGUUUGCCCUUUCUGUUGGAUCGGCCUCUACAAAAAGCUCAUGGCCAAGAAUAUGGCGUGAUGCCGAACAAAGGUGGCAGAAAUCCAUCAGGCCCGUGGGGUCGGCUCAAGCCUGUUGAGCAGGAUCCCCUCGAGAGCAUUGGCCUUCCGUCGAAAGGUGAUACUAGGUUACUAGACCUGAAAACGCAGGAGAGCUACUAUACCAAGAUAGUGGAUCGGUAUAUGACAUUCUGCUCUGACGCUGGACAACGAGACGAGCUGCUUCGAAGAUUCUCAGCUUUGGAGCCUUCGUCCUCGAAAUCUUCAUCUUCAAAUUCGUCUACAGCUCCGGUGACUUCUCGAAGAGUUUUGCCCUCAAUUAAUGAUGAAACGCUCCACAGCCCUGCCAGCACCAAAGCUCUAUCUGAUGUGGUGGCCGCUCUGAGGAAACUCCGUGAGGGCAUCGUUGCCACGAAGCGGGUAGAUGACUUCGCCGUUCAGGCCUAUCUUUUUUGCAUCCGACUCUCCAUUCUCGUCAAACAUUCCGAAUCCUACCACCCGGCCAUUCUUCACCUGCUGCGCUCAAUCCACCCGCACCAUCCGCUCACAUCGGUCGAGCUGCAAGAGGUGGUGGCUUAUCUCGUGCUUGAUGCCGCUUGUCGGCGCGGGGCUCUAGCAGAAGCCUUCGCUCUGCGACAGAGAUAUAGCUUAAAAGACACCAAGGUAAAUGCAGCGUUGACAGCAUUGGCGCACGACAACUAUGUCCUAUUCCAGAAGGUGAAGAGAAGCGUGGACGGCCAUCGGGCAAGAAUCAUGGAAUGGGCAGAAAGCGAUCUAAGGAUGCACACGCUCAAGUGUUUUGGAAGAACAUAUCUAUCAGUCGAAUUGGACUUUCUAGAGCAGGCGACGGGCUCAAAAUGGGCCGACCUAAAGCAGGGUGAUGGAGUCGGCUGGGACUUGGAGGGCAGCAAAGUGGUGAUUCGCAAGAUCAAGGCUCGAUGAUGGCAGAGGAGAGCUUGAGAAAGAUGUGGAAAAUGGGAUAGGCGCGGCGUUAUGGAAGUUUCUUUUGCUAAUUAAAGACUAUAGAACCAUGUGUUAAGAGACUGUAUACUACUAUUAGUAAGUAUAUGUUGCAGUGUAUCUUUGGCACUUUGUAUUUGCUGCUGCCAGCUGUUCACGCAGUGGCUGCAUCUGAGUCUCCAGCAACGAGCAAUUCACUCACCUUUCGCCUUUGAGCACCCAUUGCUCGACCAUUCAC